AUUAAGCUAAGCCUCGUAACAUCACUCUUCCUUCAAUUCUUUUACAAGUGAAUGACUUCCUCAUAAAUCCUGUAGCUCUAGCUAGCUUCCAAUUAAUAAAUCAACGUUUCAUCCUACGCAGCAACUGCUUCUUCUGCAUUUCUCAUGCGUUAUGACAUUUCAGCUAAACUAUAUAUAUUCUUAUUCCCUUUAAAUGAUAUUCCUCCAUUAUUUCUCCGAUGAAGCGGCCGUGGUAUUUGAGCGUUUUCUUUUGGCUGAUUCUAUUAUCAGAGAUGGGGUUUGCGAAGAAGAGGAGUUACAUAUCGUGGGACGAUUUAGAAGUUGAAGGCGAGAAACUUCACGGCCGAAAUGCAGGCAAGAAGGGCGUCAUCAUCGUUGAUAAAAAUGGAAAAGGAGACUGUUUGACAGUUCAAGCUGCAGUUGAUAUGGUGCCUCAUCACAAUCUGGAGAGAGUCAAAAUACAUAUUCUUCCUGGACUCUACAGGUUUUUAAUUUCAAAACACACUCACUUUUCUUAUUUUAUUUCCAUACAUGCAUGGAAGUGUCUGACGUGGGGAGUUGUUUGUGUAGUGGGUGGUUUUUUUUAUAAGUUGGUUUUCAUUCCCUCCAUCUUAAUUGUAUACCAAAAAUAGUCUUAUUCUAGAUUGUGUUUACCAUAAUCAGUGAAAAGGUUCAUGUUCCUGCAACGAAGCCAUAUAUUUCCUUCAUCGGAGACCCCGAAAAGGCAGACGCAACCGUCAUCGCAUGGCACGACAAAGCUUCGAGCGUGGAUGAGAAUGGCGCUGAGAUUGGAACGUUUAGAUCAGCCUCUGUCACAGUAGAAUCAGACUACUUUUGCGCUGCAGGGAUCACUUUUCAGGCAAUAACACCAUUUUAACCAUCAAAUUCUCAUAUACUCAGCUCAGCUCAAACUCGAGGUUUUUUCUUGGCAGAACACGGUGCAGUUUCAUGCCGGAGCUCGAGGAAAUCAAGCUGUCGCUUUCAGAAUAUCCGGUGACCACUCUGUGUUGUACAAAUCCAGAUUUAUAGGCUCACAGGAUACCCUCUUGGAUGAAACUGGAACACACUUUUUCUUCAAGUGUAUGGUUCAAGGAUCAAUCGAUUUCAUAUUCGGCAAUGCAAGAUCACUCUAUAAGGAAUGCAGCCUCUCCGUGGUGGGGCAAUCAUUUGCCAUAGCUGCCCAGCGUAGACAAUCCGGCAACGACGAUGGAGUUUUUUCCUUUGUGAACUGCACAGUACAUGGAGCUGGAGCUGUCUUCUUGGGCAGAGCCUGGGGAGAAUAUUCAAGAAUAAUAUAUGCAUAUAGUGAGCUCGACAUAGACGUAAAACCACAGGGAUGGGAUGACUGGGGAAAGCCAUCGAGACAAAAGACUGUGUUGUUCGGAGAAUACAUGUGUCGAGGCAAGGGAGCUGAUAGAAGUGGAAGAGUAGCAUGGUCCAAAGCCCUUACUCGCCAAGAAGCACAGCCUUAUCUUGAUUCAACAUUCAUCGCUGCCAAACAGUGGCUAAGAUUGUAGCAUAACUAGGCACAAUUUAGAAUAUCAGAUGUACUAAAACUUUCAACCCUCAGCUAUGGCAGGAAUUUGACAUUGGUAUAAC